AAGAAACUGGAAUUUUAUAGGGAGAACUGGCAAAUCAGUCAUUGAAGUAUGUGAAAAAAGUCACGCCCUUGAACUUAAACAACACUCAAUUAAGUUCGUAAGAGCAUCUUCAAUGCUAAAAUGUUAACGGUGCAUACGUGGCAUGCGAAAUAACCAAUUAAAAAAGAAUAAAUACAAUAUCUCUCUUCUUCUUUCCACGGUCUUAUGUGUUUAUGGUGAGUUUUUGUCUGCAAUGUCAAUCACAAUGUCUACAUUUAGACAUUGUGCUUGACAUUGUGAAGAAAAAUUUACCAAAAUGAUGUAAGAUCCUUCAAAUAAGGAAAGAGAUAUUGUAUUUAUUGAUUUUUAAUUGGUUAUUUUUCAUACUACGUAUGCACCGUUAACGUUUUAUCAUUGGAGAUGCUCUAAACUGUACAAAAUCAGUCAAUUUUCUAUUCUAGCCGGUUGAUUCCUGGUAAGCAAGGAUUUGCUGAUGUGGCAGUCCUGUCAAAUUCCCUUUUCUUUUUUCCUUUUUUAAUUUCCCUUUUUUCCUCGCUUCUUUCUUCUUCGGCACAACCAAACCUGAAACCUCUACUCCCCUGCUUUCUUCUCCCCUGCUUUCUUCUUUUUAGGCCCAGCCUGCCCCACCCCUCCCCCCCUUUUUCUUCCCAUUCAUAAUUACUCUCCAAUUCUCUUAGUUCACUCUCAAGAUUCGGAGAAAUGGCUGUCACGCCGGGAUCUAUCUAUGCUGACCACCAUUUCCAGCACCUCAGCCUUCGCAGUUUUUACAUCACCUCUUGUCGUCGUUCCAAUAUCACCCACGACCUCAAUAGCUCUCUCAGAGUCAUCAAACCCAUCUGCCGACUGAGUUUUCUCCCGGAAGAAUCUACUUCAAGAUCCGCCGGAACUCGAGUUCCGGUCCCUAGGAUCGAUGCACGCGAAAUCCACCGGAGCUUGACUCUGUCGUGGAAGUCGGAUGCUUUGAGGUUAUUAACCACAGAAUUUUGAACGAACUAAUCUGGUCGGUUCUUGCCAUCAGAGAUGAAGGCGAAGGCGGCUCAGUCACCGAAGAUUCUAUAUUUCCAUGGGCCUUUGAAGAAGGGUCGGGUAGGAAAGAAAUUAAAUAGCGGAGAAAAGAAUUCUGUAUGGGAGGGAGAAGAUAGGUAGAGACGAGGCCAAAGAAAAAAGAAGAUGGGGAAGUUGGCCGGAAGAAAAAUGGGGAAGACGAAAGAAAAGGAAAGAAACAAAAAAAUGACACUUGGAUGCCAUGUCACCAUAGUCACCGGCUUACUCAGAAGAAACCGGUUAAAUUAGGAAAUUGACCGAUUUUGUAUAAUUUACGGACUUAAUUAGGCGUUUUAAUCAAGCAUCUGCACUUGAUUCUUCAAGCCCGCCGCCUCAAGGUAUGAUUAAAUGCAACUUCGAUGCAGCUAUCUUCCCCCAAACAAGACAAGUGGGAUAUGGGAUUAUUCUGAGAGAUGAUCAAGGAAAAUUUAUUGCAGCCCGGAAUGGUUUUCUUAACUGUCAUCAAGAUCCUUUGUUAGCCGAAUCUAUGGCAUGUAAGGAGGCUUUGUCUUGGUUGAUAAAUAGAGGCGACGCGAACGUGGUGAUCGAGACAGAUUGUCUUGUUCUGAAGAAUGCUGUUGAUCGAGAGGAUCACGCACUGUCCUAUUUUGAACGUGCUUGCAAACUGCUAUUUAAUUUCCUUUUUAAUUCUCAUUUUGCUCAUGUCAAACGCUCAGCAAAUGUUAUUGCUCACGCGUUGGCUCAGGCUAUUAUCAC